AUGCAGUUUCUUCCGCCUUUUCUUUUCGUUUUCAUACUAUUCAAUAUCGCCAACUCUUCGGUAGCUUUCAGAAACAUUAACAUUAAUGCUGAUCGCCGUGGUAGAAGCGAAAAUGUCAAUAAUUCCGACGUAGCAUCUGCAAUUAUUACCGUCGAUCAGAAUGGCAGCGGAAAGUUCAAAACUAUACAGGCAGCCAUAGAUUCCAUACCUUCCGGCAACCAUGACUGGAUAAAAAUAAAAAUUUCUCGAGGCAUAUACACCCAUGUAAAACAGGCGUUGGCAGCAAGAAUAUAUGGUGACAAAUCCGCAUUUAUUGAAUGUGGGUUCAUAGGCUUUCAAGAUACUUUGUGGGAUGCAACAGGCCGACAUUAUUUCAGCAAUUGCUACUUUGAAGGUGCCAUAGAUUUCAUUUUCGGUUUUGCCCAGUCUUAUUAUGAGAACUCAUUGAUAAAUGUGACGGUUGGGACACGACCACCUACGGAGAUUGCCGUAGGAUUCAUUACAGCACAGGGACGAGCAUCAGCCAAUGAUCCUGGUGGGUUCGUAUUCGAAGGAGGCUCAGUUUCUGGGAGUGGCCGAGUUUUGUUGGGGAGAGCUUAUGGAGCUUAUUCAAGAGUAAUAUUCCAUGGCACCGAUUUAGGUCAAGUUGUUGCCCCUCAAGGAUGGGAUGCGUGGUCUUACAAAGGCCAAGAGUCGACGCUUACUUAUGCAGAGAUCGAGUGUAAAGGAGCAGGAUUGAACAUUUCCGAGCGUGUUGCAUGGGAAAAGAAGCCUGGCGAUAUUCAGCAGAUUCUACAGGAGUAUUCAAGAUCAUCCUUCAUUGAUCAAGAUGGCUGGAUUGAUAAACUCCCACGAUAG